UCUUGUCAGAGAGAUUAUUAUUAUAAACUACGCACACAUCGCGCGCUCUUCUCCUCCUCUCUCUCCACUCCAAUCCGUAGGGUUUUCAAAAUUCACGUUCAGAUCUUAAACCCUAUCCCCUAAUUCACUCGCCCCAUGGGUGAACACGACGGUGCUUCUGGUGGGUUUUCGUCUAUUCCCAGAUCCGACUUAAAGAUCGGUGGCAAUGAAUUGGAUGAGAAACAGAAGCUGAGUCAAUUUGGACGUGUUGACACAUUUAGAAAUUCAGGUAGCACUGGUCAUGCUCCUAAAGACACUGAAAAGUCUCGAGUUUGCAAAGUUUCUCAGAGUUUUGUUAAAGAAGGAGCGAGUAGUGACGUGUUGGGUCCAGAGGUCAAGCCUUCUUCGGUUAAGAUUGAUCUCAAGACAGGAGAUUUGGUCAAGAGAAUUGAUGUUGGAUGCGUGGCACAGAAAAGAAGCGAGUUAUCAUCGGUUUCAAGCUGCUUGAAUGAUGAUUUAUCUACGGUUUGCUCCUCCAGGAGAAGCGAUAAGCCUGGUUCUACUGAUGCUUACUCAGAGUGUGGGAGUUCUAGUGUCCCUGUCGAGGCAAAUGAUCCGAUGAAGCUGUGGAAAGCGAUGAAAGAAAACGGGUUUCUGUCUAACCCGCACGGUGCGACGUCAAGCAGCUGUGUCGUCUCAUCUUCUCAUGGAGGGAUACCUGCUCCGAGGAAACGUGGUCGUAAAAGCAAGACUAACAAUGACGCUGCGAUGGAGAAGAAGAGGAAGAUGGAGAUUGCAAGGAAGGAAGAUGUUGACAACAGGUUUGCUAGGCUAGCUGCACCUAGUGGACUGCUCAAUGAACUUAACCCUGGGAUUAUAAACCACGUUAGGAACAAGAAGCAAGUGCUUUCCAUCAUCCAAAGCAUUGUCAAGUCUGAUAAAGACUCUGGAAGAAACUAUCACCACCACUCAACGAGGCUUAACAAUACUACGGCUGCGGAUGAUGUGAACACUGGUGGUUCCACUAGAUCUGAUUUUAGCCAAGGAUUCAAGUAUGGCAUGCCAGAAGACAACUACUACGAGGAGAAAUGCGCAGAUGGUGAAGAACACAGCAAGUUCUCUGAAAAUGCCAGUUCCUUGUCUAGCGAGGACGCAGCGAGUUUGAACCGUGAUAGUGUUCUCACUGUCAAAGCGGCUACAGUGGCGUCUCAGUGGUUGGAACUGCUUCAUCAGGACAUCAAAUGCCGUGUAUCCGCUCUUCGCCGAAGCAAGAAGAGGGUUCGAGCAGUUGUGACGACAGAGCUACCUUUCUUAAUAAGCAAAGAGUUCCCAGCUGAUCAGGAGAAUGAUCCAAGUGUACUCGUCAAUGGAGCUUCGAGGGCUUCAACGGUGGAUAACCACAAGAACAGAUGGAUGGCGCUGUUUAAACAACUCGAGCAAACGCUAUCUGAAGAAGAGAGACAAUUGGAGAGCUGGUUAAAUAAAGUGAGAGAGCUGCAAUCACAUUGCGACCAAGGUUUGCAACACUUGAGUUUUAGUUCUGGUCAGAACUUCUUACAGUUAGGAAUGCCAUUGUACUCUAGAGCUGCGGAUGCAUUGAUCUCAGACAAGGAUUUAGCCGUUAGAGCAGCCGCAGCCUCCAUAUAUUCGACCUGCAAUUUUCUUGCAUCAGAGGAGAACAUAACCUGUACCUGAACUCCUUUAAAUCUUCUGACCAGUUUCUGAUUCAAGUUGUUUAGUUGACAACCUUUUCUUAGUUACUUGUGUAAGCAUUCAAUCUUUCAUAGCAGAGUUAUUCAUUCUAUGUGCAUCUGUAACACUAGGAGCAUUGCUCACACCACCCUUGUCUUUUCUUCUUUUAUAGAUUUAUUUUCUCUGCAGUUUUGUUCUACAAUAAGAACCCUAGUGAUUGUGUUGAAUAGUAUGUACUGAAUCAUGAUCUGAAUACGUUUCACUCUUUUCAGCA